AAAUUAUGCGGACAAAUAAAGCCAGUAUUGAAGCCUUCACUGAAAAUGAACCGGAGCAAAACAGUUAUGGAUUAGUUGGUACAAUCAUAUUAAUAGUAUCGCUGAUAUGUAUCGCCUGUACUCUACCGAUCAGUCUAUUUAUAUGCCUUAAGGUUGUCCAAGAGUAUGAAAGAGCAGUCAUAUUCAGAUUAGGUCGUUUGGUUGAUGGGGGUGCUAAAGGACCUGGAUUGUUUUUUAUUGUACCAUGUGUUGACUCGUACACUGUUGUCGAUUUGAGAACCAUUACAUUUGAUGUACCCCCACAAGAGGUAUUGACUAAAGACUCGGUGACUGUCAGUGUUGAUGCCGUAGUAUAUUAUCGUAUAUGGUUGCCAACAAUUGCCAUCGCAAACGUUCAGGAUUACGGUAAAUCUACCCGAUUGUUAGCGGCGGCCACUUUGCGCAAUAUAUUGGGCACCAAAACAUUGGCCGAUAUAUUAAGUGAACGGGAAAAUAUCAGUACAGGUGUACGCAAACUACUAGAAAGUGCUACCAAAUCAUGGGGUGUUCAAGUGGAAAGGGUUGAAAUUAAAGAUGUCCGAUUACCGGCUAAUCUUCAGCGAUCAAUGGCUGCCGAAGCAGAAGCGGGACGGGAGGCAAAAGCUAAGAUCGUUGCGGCAGAAGGCGAACAAAAAGCCUCGUUUGCAUUGAGAAACGCCUCACAGAUCCUCGAUUCAGACCCGACGGCACUACAGCUUCGGUAUUUGCAGACACUGACCAACAAUGCGGCCGAAAGAGACUCAACUAUUUUGUUUCCCAUACCUAUUAAUAUGUUUGAAAAUUUUGGACACCCGCUCAUUGAUUUUGAUAAAAUUUAA